AUGGCAACUAAAGCAGAAUUUCUUAAAAAAACAACAAGAAAUAAGAACCAGGAGGAAACAGUGGCUUACCAGAAAGAGGGAAGUCGGAAUGGGAUUUGCCGAAGUCUGACGACGGUUGCAGAGGCGGAAGAACGGUGGAAAUCAUGCAAGAGGUGGAACAAUAAUGGAGGUGACUCUGUAAACACUGAAAACUCUUCCGCAACGUCCUCAGAGCCAUCUUGCAUCAUCCCAUUUCACUCAUCCAACAAUUGGCAAGUUUACUUCAAAGCCUCUAAACAAACCCCAAAGCUUAUAGUAGUAGAUUUCUCUGUAUCGUGGUGUGGGCCUUUCAAGCUCAUGGAGCCAGCAAUCCACAAGAUGGCCACCAAGUUCACCGACGUCGAGUUCCUCAAGAUCGAUGUCGAUGAAUUGUCCGAUGUGGCGGAGGAGUUUGGGGUGGAGGCGAUGCCGACGUUCGUGUUAGUAAAGCAAGGAAAGGAGGUUGACAAAGUUGUCGGGGCUAAGAAGGAUGAGCUGGAGAAGAAGGUUGAAAAGCACUCUGUUUUUUGUCGGGGCUAA